AAAGAAGAGGCAGGUGCAGUCGCUGCUGGACGGGAAGUACAUAGUCCUACAUCUAAACAAUACUGGACUGAUUUUAUCUGACGUUGUAGAACCCACAAAUUAAAUUCUGAGUCCUUACAAGGAAACAUGAUGGUGGGAGCCACCAUAUCUCUAACAGCUUAGAACCUCCAAGUCUGAAUAUCAGCUGUCCUCAUACGGCUGCACCUUACGUUAAGGGAAGCAGAAUGGAUGAACAGAGAUGCACCUUGCCUCCUUCUCUUAAAAGAGAAGAAGAUUAUAUCCCAUAUCCCAGUGUACAUGAGGUUUUGGGACGUGAGGGGCCAUUUCCUCUUAUUUUACUUCCACAGUUUGGAGGUUACUGGAUUGAAGGGACAAACCAUGAACUGGUCAGUAUUCCAGAGACUGAACAACUGCAGUCCCCAACAGGCAAACUGAAACUAGAAUGUAACGUCACUGCUAAGCUGUAUCGUAAGCAUUUCCUGGGAAAGGAACAUUUUAAUUACUACUGCAUUGACAGUGCAUUGGGGCAGCUCGUAUUCUCAGUUAAGUAUGAUGUCAUAGGAGAUCAGGAACACCUUCGGCUACUUCUAAGGACAAAGUGCAAAACCUAUCAUGAUGUUAUCCCGAUAUCCUGUCUAACAGAAUUCCCCAAUGUAGUUCAGAUGGCAAAGCUUGUAUGUGAAGAGGUUAAUGUGGACCGAUUCUAUCCUGUAUUGUACCCUAAGGCAUCUCGGCUCAUUGUUACUUUUGAUGAACAUGUAAUCAGCAAUAAUUUCAAGUUUGGCGUAAUUUAUCAGAAACAGUCCCAGACAACAGAAGAGGAACUGUUCAGUAAUACUGAAGAAAGUCCUGCCUUUGUAGAGUUUUUGGAAUUAAUAGGACAAAAAGUAGAACUACAAGAUUUUAAAGGGUUCCGUGGGGGUCUUGAUACUACUCAUGGUCAGACAGGAACAGAGUCUGUUUACUGCAACUUUCGAAACAAAGAGAUCAUGUUUCAUGUAUCAACCAAACUACCAUAUACAGAUGGAGACAACCAACAGCUUCAAAGGAAACGACACAUAGGAAAUGAUAUAGUAGCUAUAGUCUUCCAAGAUGACAACACACCCUUCGUUCCAGACAUGAUUGCAUCAAACUUUCUGCAUGCGUACAUCGUGGUUCAAGUGGAAAAUCCUUGUUCUGAAAACACCCUUUACAAGGUAUCUGUCACAGCCCGGGAUGAUGUACCUUUCUUUGGCCCCACACUGCCUGAUCCUGCAAUUUUCAGAAAGGGUCAAGAUUUUCAGGACUUCUUGCUGACAAAACUCAUCAAUGCAGAAUAUGCCUGCUACAAAGCUGAGAAGUUUGCCAAAUUAGAGGAACGUACAAGGGCAGCUUUAUUGGAGACAUUAUAUGAGGAGCUACAUAUGAACAGCCAAUGCAUGAUGGGACUUGGAAGUGAUGAUGAUAAAAUGGAGAAUGGCGGCGGAGGAGGGUUCUUUGAGUCAUUUAAGCGGGUGAUCAGAAGUCGAAGUCAGUCAAUGGAUGCCAUGGGACAUAAGAAACAGAACAUUGUAUCGACAAGUCUUAGUGGAAGCUUCACUAAUAACACCCCUGAAACACCAAAGCUCCCUGGAAUAUCAUUGCUUGUGCCUGGAAAAAGCCCUUGUAAACACGGACGCCGUGGCAGUGCUAUAGGCAUAGGAACCAUAGAAGAGUCCCUGAUCAUUCCUGGUAAAAGUCCGACAAGAAAGAAAUCAGGUCCUUUCAGUUCAAGGAGGAGCAGUGCCAUUGGGAUAGAGAACAUCCAGGAAGUUCAAGAGAAGAGCCCUGUUGGUGCCAGGAAAACUCCAGACAGUGGUCAUGUAUCACAGGAACCAAAGUCGGAGAAUUCAUCCAAUGGCAGCUCUCCAGAAAUGCCUACAACAAAAAACAGAUUAGCAGCUGUUCAGAAAAGUGAAGAUCGAGAUUUUUCACACUCUUCCUCAUCUAGUGCCAGCAGUUUUGCUAGUGUUGUAGAAGAAAACGAAGCUUUAGAUGACUACGACACAGGCAUGGAGAGCCUUUCGUCAUCAGGAACACCACAAAAGCGAGACUCGUUUACCUACAGCACAUGGCUUGAUGACACGACCAGUUCAACCAGUGCCACCAGCAGAGGGAGCUCUCCAGGGCACUCCAAAUGCAAUCAGCCAGAUACAGGCAAGCCUGGAGAAAUGUCUCAUUCAGAUAUCAAAAUCAAGCUUGAAGGAGCUGAGCUGGACAAGUCAAACUCGAAUUGCUAGCCUCCACUAUCCUGCGUCUUCAUGGAUAUUUAUUCUUAACAGAACUCUGUGAAGAAACACAAACUGAAGGAGCUGAGAAAGAACUAGCUAUGCAGAUCCACAGAGGAUGACAAUCCAAAGAGUCACAGAGCAACUAGAUGAAACACAGUUUCUGCCAAUGUAGGAGCAAAAGCAUUCAUGUGGAACAAAAGCUUUGGAUAUGAUGCCCUCUGAAUCUGUAGCUGAUUGAUUUGUUUGCAGAAGGAAUUGAACAGGUGUAAAUACAGAUAUGUACAAAUGGUGCCAUGGGUCCUGAACUGAAAUGUCUCUACCAGCCAUACCCAAAGAAGUUACUGUGUGUAAGCAACAUCAAUUUGCCUUGGGGUCUAAUUAUAAUGGUUGUUUGCAUCUUUCUUUGCUCACUGACGUAUGGUGUUACAAAUUCAGAGGCUUAUCUUUAUCAUUUCUUCCAUUCAAGGUUCAUAUUUCUAGGUCCUUAAGAGGCUGUUGAUCUGUGAGGAUCUUAAGAAGCCUAGUCUUACAUUUCCAUGUUAGUCGAUUGAGUGUUUGAUAUCACAACUGCACAAUAUCACUAUAUAAAAGCAUCCUAAAAUAAUGGGAAUAAUUAGUGAAAUCUUAAUAUAACUUACCCAUAAAACAAAAUGUUUGUUAGAUAUUAUCUCUGCUCAGGCAGGCAGUGCAAGGAAUUCUGGCAAAUGGCUUCCAAUACAAUAUUUAACAGAAAAUUCAGUGUGAAGAAGGAUUUUAGUGCAUAUAAGAUAUACAUUUUGGUGGGAAGGUGACAUACAAUGACAGUGUGUUAAGCCAUUGUUAACCAUAGCAGCCUGUUUAAAAAAUGGGUCUGUAUCACUUCAGCAAACAGUCUAUUUAUCGAAUCUCUAUUCAUUGAACUCACUUUAUUGAAAGCUCAAUUCAACGAAUGAUCAUGUCGGCAAAUUUUCUCACAGGGAAAGGAAGGAGUUGGCCAUCUUCAGGAAUUUGCCCUUUUCCUCACUGUAGUGUGAUCUCGGAGUUGGUAUAUUUAGUUAGGGAGUAUGGGGGAUAACCCCCCCCCCCCUUUGCUGAGUAUAAAAUUUUGUAGUGUUUGGUACAGUUGCUUGCUGGCCCACUAGUUUCUUUCCUUGUGAGAAAAUGUUCUGAAAUUAUUUUUUGUUAAAGUGAGCUUUCCCCUAAACUGAGUCUGAUGAAUAAGGAUUCAAUAAAUAGACUCUUUGACGAAGUGAUAUAGACCCCUAGAAAACACCUGUUUAACAUCACCAUAGUGAAGGUUAGAAUGUCUUGAGACUUUAAAGUGUACCUAGGCUUUUGCGGUAGCUUGACAUUGGAUUAGAUUCUAUAGAAAUGUUAUAUUGCUUAUCUGACACCUUCAAAAUGUUUGUUCUACUUGACUCGUCAUUUGGUAAACUGUUUCUAUUUGCAGUAUACUUCAGCGAUAAAUGAACUUCCUUUGUUAAGCACAUCACCUCAUUGUUUUCCAGAUGUCAUUUCAAGUGAGAGUUUCUGCAUCAUUCUUAUUUCUCUAUCAUUCUGUCUCCAUUCUAUAGCUAUAGCUUGCUGUGAUUCUGCCACUUGUGUAGUGAAUUGAUACAAAUUUGGCAGCAGCAAAAUCUAUAGCAAACCAGGAAUUGGCCAGCCCUAAGACAGGCUGACAUGUACUACUGACAUACUUCUUCACCCAACACCCAUCAGGCAAUUUGCUAGUUAGCUGGACUGUAUUUAGGAGAAUUCAUGUGGACUGGACAGAGGAAGGCGGUCAUUCCUGAGCAUGGUAUGGACCAUGGUGAAUGAGUUGGAUACAUGGAUUAAGAACCUACUAGUAUAAGAAAAUAUAGGGGAGUUCACAUCCCAUCACCAAUUGCCUCGUUGCCUCCAUCUCCUGCCAUCUCCACUUCCAUAAUGAGGAAGUUACAUCACUACAGGAAGAGCCAUUUAGCCAUCUGUGAAGUGGCCCACAGCCAAAACACAGGAGGGUUCUGCUUAGGUUAUCUAUUUCUUCUCCACUGUUUGAAGAAGUCAUAUCUCUGUUACAUUGACAAGACUUUGAUUUCAUCAUCCUGAACAGGUUUUUCGUAAUGCUUACAAGUAUGAUUUCAGCUCCUACUUUUGAAUCUAGAAGGCUAAUUCAUUUAAAUUGAUAACAUAAGGGGGGGUUAGCAUAAUGGUUAAGGUUUUUACCUUGCAGACAAAAGGUGCAGGUUUGAUUCUCACAUAGCAUAAUUUGCUAGGCUUAAAAUGGCCCACAAGAGCAGUUAGCCUAGUGCUAAUCUAUGAACCUAUCUAUUACAUGGACAUUCAUAUUCCCACAUAGGUUCAUAGUUCAUAUGUGAUUUCUAGGCUAAUGACUCCAAAGGUCUUUUUAAGCCUAGACAUGCAUCCUGAGGGUAAGAAUCAAAUUCUGUGCCUUGUGUCUGUAAGGUAAACGCAAUAAUCAUUUUGCCCAUCCCAUCCUUAAAUGCUUGGCUCACAAAUGAUGCCUCUACUUUUAAAGGGUUUCCCUUUUAGUUUCAUAUAUUAUAAUUUUACUUAUUUUCUGGGCUAUAUAGUUUUACAUUUUACGUUCCACUGUUGCUGAUCUUUAGCACAAAGGUAUAGCAUGUUCUGCUUCUUUUAAAUACUGACUCACAGCAGUCUUGUCUAAAACACAUCUAGUCUAGAGACUGAACUUUGGCAUUCUGAGCUUCUUGCAGCUGGAUUGUGUUUAAAUUCAGAAGAAUGUAAUGAAUUUCCCAUAAUGUGUAGGCUAUUGCCUGGGUAGCUGGUUAUGUGGGCCUUGUGGCUCAACAGCAGAAAGCUGAUGUGAGUUACACAAGCAUAACCCAGGCAUAAAGUGACACUGUGGCAUCACUAUGUCGGAGCAUCUGAUCAGCUUCCAUUGCUUUCAUGGUACAUUGUCAUUGGAGCAAGCCUAGGUCAUCUUAACUUUUCUUUAAAUGAUCUUAUUUCUUCAAGAUUUCUAAGCCUUUCAUUACACCUGACACCUGAGAGAGUGUAAUUGGUGUAGACAAUAUGGCACUGAAUAACAGAUAUGUGUGCAUGUGUCUGUCUGUGUCUUUGUUUGUCCAUAUGUGUGUUAAAUGACAUAUCAGUCCUGUCACUAGAAACUGUCUGAUUAAAUCCUAAACUUGGAGCCAUUUCUUUGCUUAGUUUGUCACAGAGUAUGUGUCAGGUGUCACUGUUUAUUUAUAGAUUUCUGAACAGCAGUUUGGCACAAAGGUUUAAGACUACAUGCUGAUAGAUCUACCCACUCUCUAGUCCCAGGUUUGAGUCUCAUGGUCUUCAUUUACCCACUGGUAUUGUCUUUACCUUUCUGUGUCUCAUUACUAGUGCAAACUGCAUUCCCACAAAGCUAAAACAAUUAUGUGUUGAUUGUGCUGAACAUUUCAUCACACUGCUAUUAUGGUUGUACUGUAGGAUUUGUUCGCCAAACAUGGGAUGCACUUCCAGGAUAUAACUGUGAAGAGUAAAUUUAUUGAAGUAUAUUAUUUUUUACCUUAGAUUAGCUGCCACUUUUACCACUGCUAUGCUUUGAUUAAGUGUUUUAUGUCUGUCAAACCAGAAAAUUAUUUACUUAUGUUUCUGUAGUCUGGGCUAUACUAACCUUUAAAAAAAUCACAAUGCCUCAUGUUCUUAUGAAAGGAUAUUUAAUGACUGAAGUAAGGUGGUAUAUUCUGAAAGAAAAUCACCUGGUUGCCUGCUGUUUGCCUCCAGAUUCGCUGCAGUAGAAAACACAAUACUAUUUUUGAUUGGGUGAAAAGGUAAUACUAUACAUGUUCUGAAAUUCUUGGCCAUAUGUGUUUUGCGGUGGACCGAUAUCUUGAUACAUGAAAAACAAAAAAAAAGGAAAUAUUGCAUUACAAUUCAAAAAUUACUGUAUGUCACUCAUUGUAUAAUAUUUAUGUUUAUAUACAUUCUAGUAUCUAGAAUUUGGCCAGGUUUUAAAAGGAAUAACUGAUUCAUUUUUGAUUUCCUGCAUUCUGUUUUUUUUAUGGCACACUUAGUUAAACAUGACAGUGAGCCUAGUUUAAGUCUUAGAUACUGUCAUUUCUUGUCUGUUCCAUCAAUGUUUGUUUUUUUGCUAAGGCAUACAGUCCAAAGUUUAGACUGAUAACUUUGUGUACUUACUCAGCACUUUAGGAGAUGUCUAGAACACAUAGAAGUAAAGGAAAGAGACAGAUUUAUUUUUAAUUUAUUUAUUUAUGAAGUUAUAUCUUCUUUAAAAAAAAGAAUACGAAACAAAGUUUUGUAUAGGCACAAGAAAGGCAAGAUGUCUGACACUAUACAUAUAUUUGUAAUGCAGACGGACUUUUAAUAAUAAUUUUACCGCAUUUUAUGUGGAGAACAUGUAGGAAUGUACUAAAGUCUGUUGAAAACUCUCUGAUUGUGACAAGUUGUCUUAUGUGAAACACUGCCUCUUUAACUGUAAAAACAUAAAUCUCUGUAGACAACGUUUGUGUAUUCACCAGAGAAAAUUUAACUUUCAUAAUUUUUCCAAGUAAUCCCUGCCACUUGUGCCAAGUAUUAUAAAGCUCUGUAAUAACCUGGAUAACAUUAUUUGUUAAUAUUUACAACAGUGAGACUACCAGAGUAUGAAACAUAUUGCCAUAUAUUUACUGGGCACUGUAUCCUACAUUAUUUUGUUAGUUUCAUAUACACUGUAUCUUUGUUUUUAUUUAUUGAAAUGUUUUCCUUGGGAAUGGUGUUGUAUUUAUAUGCUUACUGUGUAUAAAUGAUAAUUCUGUAAAUGUGUAAAAAGUCUGAGUCAUUUACUGGUAUAAUCAAUCAAAAUGAGCUAAACACAACUGAAAUUCUUUUGCAUAUAUCAAUGAUUAUGGGUAUGGGAUAAAAAGAGUCCAAAUUAAAGCUAUGACUCUUAUCAUGUAUUAUUAAGUUUUCAAAACUGACUAAAGAUAACGUUUUUUAAAAAAAUGUGAUCGGUAUAAUUUUGAUUAGCAUACUUUGGAAGACUGGUUAUGUAGACUACAACAUUUUUUCAUCUCCUCCAUCUUUUCCAGUCACUGCUGUAUGUAGAUGAGGAAUAAUGCACAACAAAGAGUCAGACUCAUGUCGAGGAACGAGACACAGGUGGUAGCAGUGGUAGUAGUAACCAAACCCCAGACAUGUUGUAGAAAUAUACCGAGUUGUAGAUGUGUAUUUGUCUUAUUAAUGACAUCAUAUUGUAGUGCUCCAGGAGUAUUUAUCAUUGGAAAUGAAGAAAAGAAUGUAAGCGAGGCUUUUUAUAAAUUCUGCUGUAAAAACACAAGUUAAAGAUUUCAUAAUUUAGAUGCAACAUAGUAGGAAUAACAACUUGGAGUGGAAGAAGUGUGCUGUUCAUAAUUUGAGUAUCUCAAUAUACUGAAUAAAUAUUUCAGAAUAAUAAAUUUAGUGUUCAACCUUUUGAAAGAUUUCUUAUAUUCUGUUCAAAUAGAAAUAACUCAAAUGAAAAAAUAGUCUUAGAAAGAAUUUUCUGAACUUUAUCACUUGACUAUGUUGCAAAUGGUCAGACGUUACAAGAAAUAAGUAUAAUUUGAAACAAACUGUAUUUCCCUAUAUUUUUCUUUAGAGGGCAGAUUUCCUGUGGUGCCCUGUGCAAGGGGUCUGCACCCUAUAUUUUAAUUUAAUCAUAUGGUAAGUUACAGUGCUUCAGGGUAAUGAACAUUCUCUACUUUAACUGACAUAUCAUUAUUUAAUCCCAAAAUGCCUAAAAUAUUACAAGGUGAAUGCACAAAACACAGCACUUCUAAUAUUACAAAAGACAAUUUGUUUUGUGGGAGUGUGCAAGACCCUGUACCCCUUGAUGUGGAGGUGUGUGUGUGUGUGUGUGUGUGUGUGUGUGUGUGUGUGUG